GAAGCAGCAGCAGAAUGGAGCUGGAACAUGCAGGGAAGGUGGCAGCACAGGCACUCCUGAGGACACCAGCAACUGCCUUUCAGCUCUUACGUUUAUAAAUAAUUUAUUUCCAGCCACCUGUGCCCAGAAUAACAAUUUUCUGCCUGAAAUCUCUAAGCUGGUGCCGGGAGGCCGUCAAGGACUCGCUUUCCCGGGACCCUCUCGACGUGUUGGGAAGGGGUCCUGGUCUCCAGAGGGGCAGCUCUGAAGGGAUGUGCCCCUAGUGGGAAGAGGCACGAGAUACAAACACGGAGCAUCCGUUCAGCUGAUCGCAUUAGGGCUUCUCGCUGCUGCUGCCGCCACUCAGCUCUCUGCCGAUGCAGCCAUCCGUGCGUUUGGACAAACACUCAGGCAGAGGGAAUGGGUAGGUCUGGAAACGUCGGCAGCUGCAGAAGGCUGCAGAGCUCUGCUGUGAAGCAGCCUUAGAGGAGAGGCUGUUUCCCCGGGCAGGGGAGCGUUAUGAAACGCGAGCGCUCUGGCUGUGCUUGAGGAUUUUGGCAGCGCAGCGCGGAGGCUGCUUCCAUCCUGCCCGUUGGCGCAGGAGGCCAUGGAGCGGCUCCCUCCCGCCGCCUCCCGCAGGGCGCAGGACCCCGGCGCCCCGGCCCGCUGAGCCGCAGGGACCCCGGCCAACAGCAGGGACUCCGGCGAGCCGCAGCGACCUCGGAGAGCCGCAGAGACCACUCGAGGGACUGGGCGGCAGCGGUUCCAGCAUUGGCUGUUUGGCAGCUCAGCAGGACACAAUGAAGGUAUCACCCCAGGAGCCCACGGAGCCCCUGGGCCACCCAGGCGCCUGAGGCUGGCAGCAGUGCCACACCAGGCUGGUCUCUGCAGCUGGCUGGGAAGAAGAUUUUCUUCAGGAGAAGGCACUGAUGUGAUGGGCUGAACUUAUGGAAGGAAUGAGUGUCUGGCCAGGCGGAGAUUCGGAGGCUGGUUGGGAAGCGUGAAGGGCCAGUUUCAGUAAGGGCAUGGCCAAAGCUUUCUUCAGACUACAGAAGUUUCUUCGUCGGACCCAGUUUCUGCUCUUUUUCCUCACAGCAGCUUACCUGAUGGCUGGCAGCCUCUUGCUACUGCAGCGGACCCGCUUGGUUAUCCAGCAAGGUUCACGUGGGACCCCCACUAACCAGGCCCUGCCGGUGCCAGAGGAGAUGAGCAGGGUUGGGCUCCUUGACCCCAGGACCCUGCAGAGCCCCGGCCCCAGGCUGCUGGUGCGCAUGGAUGCGCUGCAGGAGCCAGCCCUGGACCAGCGGCACAGCCCGCACUGGCUCACGUCCCGCAACUUGGAGCUCAGGCAGCUGAGGAGAAGGUGGUUUCACAGGUUCACCAGCGACCAGGAGCCCCUGCAGACAGCAGGAUUUAAAGCAAUGAAGCACACUGCUGAGCACAAAGGCACCUACAUGGGCUGCUUCACUCACGAUUCGAGGGAGAGGACACUGAAGGGAGCUGUCUUUUAUGAUUUAAGAAAAAUGACAGUAGCUCACUGUCAGGAAGCUUGUGCUGAGAGGGCUUACAGCUACGCGGGCCUGGCAUACGGAGCAGAGUGCUACUGUGGGAACACGCUGCCAGCUGCUGCUGCCAAGCCCGAGGAGUGCAACAUCGAGUGCAAGGGCAAGAAGGGCUCUGUGUGCGGAGGGGUGAACCGCCUCUCGGUCUACAGCGUGGAGGAGCUGCGGGCAGGAGCCAGGAGAAGGAGGAAUGUUAUCUAUCGAGGAUGUUUUAGAGCUCCAGAAAAUUUAACAGACACCUUUCCAGCCUCUUUGAUACAGCCCAAUUUGACGGUGGAGAUGUGCUCUGAAUUUUGCUCCAAGAAAGAGUUCCCGUUGGCAGUGAUCCGAGGGCAGGAAUGCUACUGUGGAUACCCCACCGGGCGGUUCUCGCUGCGCGAGGGCUCGGACGGGCUGCGCUGCAGCGGGACCCGCAACAGCAGCAGCGCUGCUGGGGGAGAGCACUGCCUGGUCUAUCAGACACCUGUGCAAGACACCCGCUGCACGGACAGGAAAUUCUUAACCACCAAAUCCAAAGUGUUUGUUGCUUUGUCAAGCUUUCCUGGGGCUGGGAAUACGUGGGCACGCCAUCUGAUAGAGCAUGCCACAGGAUACUACACAGGAAGUUAUUACUUCGAUGGAGCUCUCUACAACAAAGGUUUUAAAGGAGAAAAAGACCACUGGAGAAGUAGAAGGACCAUCUGUGUGAAAACGCAUGAAAGUGGCAAGACUGAGAUUGAAAUGUUUGACUCGGCAAUCCUGUUGAUAAGGAACCCAUACAAAUCACUGAUGGCAGAGUUCAACAGAAAAUACGCUGGGCACCUGGGCUAUGCCACCGACCGCAACUGGAAGAGCAAAGAGUGGCCGGAUUUUGUGAAGAGUUAUGCCUCCUGGUGGGCCUCCCAUGUCCUGGAGUGGCUGAAGUAUGGGAAGCGCCUGCUCGUUGUCCAUUAUGAGGACCUGAAGCAGAGCCUCAUCCCCAAGCUGAAGGAGAUGGUGGAGUUUCUGAAUGUGACAGUGACAGAGGACCGGCUGCUCUGCGUGGAGAACAACAGGGACGGGAAUUUCAAGCGGUCUGGUGCUAAGCAAAAGAAUUUUGAGCCAUUCACCCAGGAAAUGAAAGAUCUUAUCAACAGAUACAUCCUGACAGUGGAUGAAGCCCUAAGAGGAAGAAACUUCUCAGGGUUGCCUAGGGAAUAUGUGCCAAGAUGAUAGGCUGGUAUCACACUGCUGUGGCUAAAAAUGGUUUUUUCUUAAACAAGCAAACAAACAAACAAACAAACAAAAAACCAGAAAAAAACAGAAAAAAAAAAACCACAAACAAACAAACGAGAUGAAAAGGAAAAAAAAAAAUCAGACCUCUUUAGUAGUUCUGGCAAAGAUACUUGUGGAGGCUGCAGAGCAGUGCAGCAGUUGGGAACGCCUGGGUUUUGUCAGCCCCAAACAGCCCCAAACCUGGCUCCAGGGGCAUGGAGGAGACCCCAGAGGGGUGGCAGAAAAGGGAAUGCCACCUGUGCUAUGUUUCUGCACCUCCAUCUCUUCACCUGGAGAGUCACAGUGGGUCUGGGGGGUCACCACGGCCAAAUGUCAUCACAGUCAGUGCUCUUGGUUCUAGAAAUGGCCAUGGUGAGGCCAGACUGAUGUCAGCUGGGAACACCUGGAGAAUAGGGGCAAAGGGGUGAAGCCAAAUCCUUCUGGCCCCAGCAGGGGUAGGAUCACACCUCCUACCUCACCCCUGAAUCCCUGGAGGAACUCCAAGGCAGUCCAACCUGGAAAACCAUGGAUACUUAGAGCUGCCCUCUGAAGCUCCCUCCAGCAGCCAUGCAGGUUUGAUUUUUAACUCCUGCAGUCAUCUGAAACUUGUCUGACCCUGCAGGGAGCCCAUGUGCAGUGCGGAGAGAACAGGGGCACACGGGGCUGUCAGUGCAGCUGCCCCCAUGAUCCUGGGCCACUGGGAAGCUUGGAGGUGGUUAAACCCUGUGGCCAAAGGGGCUGCCCUGCUGCAAGAUGCUUCUGUUCAGUGAAAUAAAGGAUUUCUUAAAAUUUGAGUGAAAAUACUAAUUUUAAUUAAAACAAGUUUAUAUAAAGGGAGCUGAACUUUCUCUACUUGUGUACCAUUGGUGCUUUAAAAACAAUGCAGGACAUGGAGUACACUUCAACCUGAAUCUCUUCCUGUUUACACCCCACACAUGGCUC